CCUUAAUCUAGCGCAACACUAUUCGCCUGCCUGCAAGAGAAGCCACUGUUCGUGCAAAGACGACGAGCUCGAAAUCCAGCCGAAUAGGCGAUGCGCGGACCAUGAAUUAGCCAAACUAGUGGGCAAAAGAGAGCAGCAGUUGGAAUCAGUCUUCAGGAAUGGCUACGGAAAGGCAAUCUAUGUCGUUUGUUGCAUCUACCGAUGAAACUAACCUGUUUCUUGACAUACUGCAAGAGGCUCCUUUGUUUGGUCAUCGGAAGCGGACAAGGAUUAUUGGAAGUCUUCUCUAUUGUGUUCUAUUGGCAAGCUAUGCAAUUAUAGCUGUGGGAGCUACAUGGAUACUUCAGCCAUUUCAAGAAUUGAUUGCCCUGCUGCUUUGUAGCUGUGAUGUCAUUCUUCUGGUUGUCACAGGCAUAUUUCAGCAAUUCCUGGUUUACCAAGUCCAGAAGAUACGCCUGCAGGGUUACUAUGGGUUCAGCCAAAAGUUGAAGCAUAUAGUUCGCCUGCCGUUUGCUACAAUUGCAUAUGGAACUGCUGCGAUGUUGCUUGUUGUUGCAUGGAAGCCGCACAUCAGUAUUUUGUCAAUUUCUAUGCUCCUCAGAAUCAUCAUGCUGGUUGAAUCCAUUUGUGCUGGUUUUUUUAUGAGCUUCUAUAUUGGUUAUGUGCACCAGUACAAUUCAUUGGAUUCACAACCUGAUGUUUUGAACUCGCUGUACUCUCCACUCCAACAGUCAAGUUCUUUGGAAGGUUUGAGAUACCAUGAUGGCGGACGUCUUUCUGAUCAGCAGAUGGCCUUGCUACAAUAUCAGAGAGAAAACAUUCACUUUCUCAGUGAGGAGAUUCUUAGAUUGCAGGAAUGCUUAAGCAAAUACCAGAGAUCUGAUGAUGAGAGCACUCCUCAGGUUGAUCUUGCACACUUAUUAGCCGCUCGUGACCAAGAACUACGAACACUUUCAGCAGAGAUGAACCAAUCACAGUCUGAACUCCGGCUUGCUCGGUCUCUGAUAGCUGAGAGAGACUCCGAAAUGCAACGCGUACGCAGCACCAACAAUCAGUACGUCGAGGAGAACGAAAGACUUAGAGCUAUAUUAGGAGAGUGGAGUACCACAGCAGCCAAGCUGGAGCGUGCGCUGGAGACCGAGCGGAUGUCAAAUUUAGAAUUGCAGAAGAAAAUUGCAACAAUGAAGCCUCCAACAACACAAGAACAAGCCGAACCAACAGCGCGCCUCGACCAUUAGCUUCACCUGUAAUCACAUUCCUCCCAAUCUGGAUUUACAUUCUUUGUUCAUUUCCUGCUGUAGAAAAAACUUAGGCAAAUGCAAUGGGUGAUUUGUACAUAGACUGAUUUGCUCCUUCAACUUCUUCUUGUCUGAUUCAAUUACUGUUUUGACACAAACAUCCUCACACACACAUGCUACGUCAUUGUAAUUUGAUUCGAAAUCAAAAUUGGAAGUUCUAAUAGCCAAAAGUCUGUAAAUUUUCAGUGUA